GAUGACAGUGAAGCUGGGCGAGGGUGCCCAGGAAGGGCCCAAGAAGCCGGGCAAGCGGGCAGCGGCUGGCGAGGAGGAGGAGGAGGAGGCCCCGGCGGAGGAGGAAGGGGCCGCGAAGGAGGACGGGCCGGCCCCGGCGCUCCAGCCGGCCCACGGCCCCGACCAGCAUCAUUUCCUCCGCUCCAGCGUCCGGCCCCAGAGCAAGAGGCCCAGGAAGGAGCCGCCGCCGGCGCCCGGUGCCGCCGGCGCCAGCGCUCCUGCCAAGGGGAAAGGUGCAGACAAUGGAGCAGCGUCAUCGGGCAACUCUUCAGGAAUCCCUUCCGGCACCCCGGCUGGGAGUUCGAAAUCCGCCACGAGGAACCUGGGCUCUUCGGCUGGAGAAAAAGAGGAAGGCAAGAAGGUCAGGCGUCAGUGGGAGUCAUGGAGCACAGAAGAUAAGAACACUUUCUUCGAGGGCCUCUAUGAGCACGGGAAAGAUUUCGAAGCAAUUCAGAACAACAUCGCCCUGAAAUACAAGAAGAAGAGCAAGCCGGCGAGCAUGGUGAAGAACAAGGAGCAGGUCCGGCAUUUCUACUACCGCACCUGGCACAAGAUUUCCAAAUAUAUCGAUUUCGAUAACGUGUUUUCCCAAGGGCUGAAGAAAUCCUCCCUGGAGCUCUACGGCUUAAUUUGUUACGGGGAACUAAGGAAGAAGAUUGGGGGCUGUAUGGAUGACAAAAAUGCAGCUAAACUGAAUGAACUCAUCCAAGUUGGGGCUACGACCGUUCGCUACAAAGGGAGGAACCUUCGCAUCAAAGCUCCCAUGUGCAGGGCUCUGAAGAAGCUCUGUGAUCCGGAUGGCUUCAGCGAUGAGGAGGAUCAGAAACCCGUCCGUCUUCCACUGAAGGUCCCCGUGGAGCUGCAGCCGAGGAACAACCACGCCUGGGCCCGCGUGCAGAGUCUGGCUCAGAACCCCAGGCUCAGGAUGAUCGUGGAGCUGCACCGCAAAGUCUCCAGCCUCAUCGAGUUCCUCAAGCAGAAGUGGGCUCUCCACGAUGCGCGCAUCCGCAAAACACUAGCAGAAAGGCAGCUACAAGACUCCAGAGAUCCCGAAGCAAGCGGCAGCUGUUCGGAAGAGAAAAAUAUGCUCCAUCUCUUCCCAGGAGAGAACUGUACCCUGGCCCCGCUCCCUGGGGUUGCCAGGGUCGUACACUCCAAAGCGUUCUGCACCGUCCACUGGCAGGAGUCGGGCAGGUGCAAGCAGAAUGCGAAGGACUCUCACCUGUUGCCUCCCGCCCAGAUUCUAGGCAUACAGAGCGGUCAGGGGACGGCCAGGGGGCAGGUCAAAUACCCUCGGGGGGGCGAGGGAAAGGGCGGGGCCAGGGCGGAGAGCACGGCGGAAGCAAGCAGGAACACUCAGCCCACGUUUGACGCGACCACAAACGCUGACUGCGGCUCUCUGGAGACCGGGGCUGCGGGAGGAGUCUUCCCGCGUCUCAGCGUCUUGGACUGUCUCGAUAAGCCGCCUUCCGGACUUCAGGACCCGGGCGGGCCUCUUGAGAAGCCGUACCCCGCAGCUCACCGUCCCGAGAGCAGGGAGGCGUCGGUCACCGAAGCGACUGCCCCCUUACCGUCCGGCAGCUCCAGCUGCGAUUGUGGCCCUCUCCCCGAUUUGGAGGAACUCUCUUUGCUCGACCCCUUCCCUCGGUACAUGAAGUCGUGCCAGGACCUCAUCGUCCCGGAGAAGUGUCUCUGCGCGGACAGGCCGAACAGGAAAGACUCGGUUGCGCCGGGGGGCCUCCCUCAUGCCGGGAGUCUUUUGUCCGGGAGCGCCGAGGCCGGCAACCUGGACUCGGCGCAGCCGGCGAGGGAGCGGGUGGCGUCGCCCACUCGCAGCCCGUCCCGAUCCGAAACUCAGGCCCUCCCCCUCUGCGGACCGCCGGCAGAAAUGCGCGGUAAGGAGGUGUCGGAUGCGGUGACGGAAGACUCUCAGGAGAAGCCUGGCAACUCACUGCCAGUGCUGCCGCCGCCACCUCAGGGACAAUCAGCCACCAAGCCUCUCAAGGACGACCCCAGCCGCCUCACGCAGCAGGUCAGAGAGGAGGGAUGGAGCCUGCGGACCUCCGAGAGCCUUACCUUGGCGGAAGUCUACCUCAUGAUGGGCAAACCGAACAAGCUGCAGCUGGAAUACGAUUGGCUGGCUGUCCUGGGGCCGGCGGAGGCCCAGGAAUCCGGGGAGCGGGCGCCCGAAACGAAAUCCGCUCCGCCCUUUCACAAACAGAAACUCCUCAACUGCCUCUUGAGACUCAUCUCCACUGAAGUGAACCCCAAGCCGGCACCCGAAACUAGCACUGUCGCAACAUCCCCAAUCAAGCCCAUGCAAGAGGAGCACACGCUGACGCCGCCCGGGAAGGUGAUUGCCAUUAGCACCAGGAGUCCGGGCUGUGCGCGCAACCAGCCCGCCCUUCGCAACAAGACCUUUUCUCCCAGCACCGCGUCCAGCCCCUCAGGUUUGAGAAACCCCUCUAGAUCCCUCCUGGCUGGCCCUUCCAGCGGCACCGACGCAGACUGCGGCCUCUUUGCCGUCCCCACGACGCUCCCUCCCAACAGCCGGCACGGCAAGCCCUUCUUACCCAGCAAAGAAAUGGAGCUCAGCAUCCGGCAGCACCUGGACACGAUCAGUAUGCAGUCUGAUUUCUUCUUGCCCAAGCCAAAGAAAUUGCGUAACAGACACCUGCGAAAACCGCUAGUAGUACAGAGAACCCUGCUCCCCCGGCCGUCGGGAAAUCCUUCCCAGCACGUCUGUUCCUUCUCCAUCUUGUCCAACUCAUCGGUGACAGGAAGAGGAUCUUUCCGGCCAAUCCACUCUUCGCUCACUAAAGCAGCCGUGUCCCGCCCCAUCAUUCCCAAGGUUCUUCCGGCGCAAGCCGCCAACAAUCUGUCUAGUACGAUCGAUCUGGCAGCCCAGAGCGCCGGCAUUAUCCCGGGUAGCCCUUUGGCUGUCCUGGAGGCCGAGGGCUUAUCUGGCGUUUCCCCGUUGUCUCCUGACGCCGUGACGGCCGUGGUCGCAGGGCAAGACUCCGCAAGGGUGCAUCAGAACGGAGGCGCCUUGGCUUCGGUCAUGGGCUCAAGCACUGAAUGUCGGGUUCCUUUCCUUGGCCUCCCAUCACAGCCUGACCAGGAGGCAAUCCCUGAUGGCUUCCAGGGAACGCCGGUCCUUUCUCUGCCUGAACUCCCAAAAGCCGCGCUCCAGAACGGCCUCCCACCUCCUCCGCUUUCCUCCUCGGGAGCUUCCGCCACCCGCCUUUCUCCUCCCAACGUCUCAGCCCUCCUGGAUAUCUCUCUUCCCGGACCCCCCGAGGACGUGCUGUCUCAGGGAGAGCCUGCCACUCAGAUCAGUGACUCUAUCAUCGAAAUCGCGAUCAGCUCUGGCCAGUACGGUGAAAAUGUUUCCCUGUCCCCAGCGAAGCUGAACGGCAGCGACAGCUCCAAAAGUCUUCCAUCCCCUUCCUGCAGCCCUCAGCAGAACUGGAUCGCCUCUCCCACCCAUGACCCCCAGUGGUACCCCAAUGACUCCACUGACUCUUCCCUCAGCAGCUUGUUUUCGAGCUUCCUUUCCCCAGAGAAGGGCCGGAAGAUGCUGCCCACCUCUCUGGGUACCACCGGCAGCACCUCCUUGCUGGGACCCAGCCUGCUGGAUGGGAACUCUCGGGACUCCUUUGUGUCUCGUUCCAUAGCCGACGUAGCCGAGGUACGUCACGUGGAUUCCCAGCUGGCGUGCAUGAUGAAUGAGAACAGCAUCGACUACAUCUCGCGCUUCAACGACCUCGCCCAGGAGCUGUCGAUCCCCGAGCCAACCCGCCGAGAAAUCCUCUUUGACGGAGGGGGAGGCAGCAGCGGCCUCCCCACCGGUGACCUCUCUCAGUGA